AUGGGGUUUUUUAAGGCGCAAGAGUUAUUCAGACACCGAAGUGCCUCCUCACAACUGAAGAAGAAACAGAUCUUGGAGUCCGGCCAGGUUGCCAGAGGACCCUUUGGAGCAGUACAGAAAGAGUUUAACAGGAGGCUGCAGCUGCAGCAGCACUCUGCUGGUGACCAUUUGCACGCCUGCAAGUAUGGUGUUGUUCUUGGCCUCAUAGCAAACUGUGUUGCUGUCUACAUUUUUACUUGCACCUUAAAAGUGCGAAAUGAGACUACAACUUACAUGCUUAAUUUAGCAAUAUCAGAUCUGCUUUUUGUGUUUACAUUACCCUUCAGGAUUUAUUACUUUGUAACAAGAAACUGGCCAUUUGGAGACAUUCUUUGCAAGAUUUCUGUCACCCUCUUUUAUACAAAUAUGUAUGGGAGCAUUUUCUUUCUGACUUGCAAACGUGGAUCGCUUUUUAGCAAUCGUUCACCCUUUCGAUCCAAGACUCUGAGAACAAAAAGGAAUGAAAUAGUCUGUGUUGCAGUAUGGAUAACUGUGUUGGCAGGCAGCACACCAGCAAGUUUUUUUCAGUCUACAAACCGCCGUAAUAACACGGAACAAAGAAUGUGUUUUGAAAACUUUUCAGAAACAUGGAAAACCUACCUCCGGAUUGUUAUCUUCAUUGAAAUAGUUGUUUUUAUUCCACUCAUCUUGAACGUGACCUGCUCUACUAUGGUCUUACGGACUUUGAAUAAACCGCUUACGUUAAGUCGGAAUAAGUUAAGCAAGAAAAAGGUACUCAAAAUGAUUUUUGUCCACUUGUUGAUAUUCUGCUUCUGCUUUGUGCCUUAUAAUGUUAUAAUCCUUUACUCCCUUAAGACACAGACCUGGGUUAACUGCUCAGUGGUAACUGCAGUCAGGACCAUGUACCCGAUCACGUUGUGCAUCGCGGUUUCAAACUGCUGUUUUGACCCCAUAGUCUAUUACUUUACAUCAGACACAAUUCAAAACUCAAUAAAAAAGAACCGGUCCACUAGAAGCCAGAACAUCAGAUUCUCUGAAAGGCCAGUUUCAGAAAACUUCAUUCAACACAGCCUACAGACCAUAAAAAUGAAAUAUUUGACAUGACUCUACAUAUAAACUGUACUAAAAGACUACGGGACUAAACUGGAAUUAGAAGCCUGCACUUCAGCUGUGGAAAUAAAUUGAUAUGUAAAUGUCAUGCUUCCUUCACAUCAUAAAAGUUUAUGACACAACUGUAAAAGUAUUAUGUUAAUAGUACACAGAAGUAUUUUAAGAAUUAAGUCUAAUGUCUGUUCUAACAAGCUGUACGUUAGAAAGAACUUUGGGUUUUGGAUUAGGUUAUCAAAAUCCAAAGACUGUAAGUUCAAAACACAAUGAAAAAGUAGAGGGUUUUGUGGUUUUUUUCUUAUCUCUGAAUUUAAAACAUUCCUCAUUUUUAGUAAUUAUAUCAGCUUCCCAAGUACUGAGGACAGAAUUGAAAUACCUGGUUUACACUGCAGGAUCAGUUGCUGAGGAAAACAAGCCAUACAUGCUACUUCAGCUACUGUACCCUGUCAGGAGUGUCCCUCUCUAUCUUACCCUCCCUCCUGUCUUUCCCUGUACUUCCUUCUUAGAGACCUUCCUUCUUAUCUCAUAGGAGACUGAUUACAGGCUACAGAACUUCAGUUCUCCUGGGUUUAUCUGAUAUAAUACGUCUCUCUCCAAAGUCUGACACCAUACAAUAUAAAUUCUUUGGUAGUUUAGGGCAUCUGGAAACAACUCAGACAAACUGGUUUUUCUUCUCACCUCUCUCAGAUGUGUGUAAUAUAAAAAAUAACUCUGACUGAAGUAUUGCUUUAGGUACAGUACCACUUUAUUAAAUCUUUUGGAGAAUCCUUCAACUCAACAUGACUUUUGAGCAAAAUAAAUUCUAAAUAACGGUAACUCAAUCUCAAAGAGUUCUUAGGAAAACAUGACUUGCUAACUAGAAUUAACAUCAGCAACCAAAGUUAUUUCUUCUAGGAAAACUAUUUAGUGACCCGUAACACGACAGUGAUUUUUGAGUGAAACUUCCUCUCAAUCUUUGUGUCCUAGAAAUAUUUUUAACAGAAGCAUUUAAAAAUUGAAAUGCUACUUUGCUGCAAACUUUAUGAAGUUAAAAACAAAUUAAUAGGGGCUAAGUGCUGGCAAAAUUAAUUGAGACAUUAUGAAAAGUCAAAGCCAUGUAAAAGAGAAUUCUACAUAUACUACUGUUACAAACAGACAUGUAGACAAAAGUGCUUUAAAACAUCCUGCUACAUAUGUUUCCCAGCUAUUAGAACACUGUGUAAGUUUUCUCAAA